AUCUCCUUCAAUUUCAAUGGCUUCUUUUCCCAAUCAUAUAGUAUCUGCCUUCUUCAUCAGUAUUACUCUUUUAUCUUCACUACAAAUCAUCCAUGCAAGAGACAGCCACUUCUUUUCCACCAACGAAGAGAUAAAAGGAGUUUACGUUCUUGAAAAUGAAAAUGGUGUUUAUGAUCAUCAAUCAGAUCAACUUUCACCUUCUACCACCCACACCCAUAAACUUAUUCCUAACAACAAGUAUCUUCCCAAUAAUUACCACUACAAGGAAGCUUAUGUUACCGUCCCUGAGGACAACACUUAUAGUCAUUACUACAGAGGUGAAAAAGACGCUACUUAUGACACCAACGACAAGGGCAGGCCAUCCGGUGACAAUGAUCACGACCAGCUGCACGAUCUGAGUGAACCAAGAUUAAUGGACCACGGCUACGUCACCACCUCCACAACCACCAAUCCAACUAACACAAAUAAUUAUCCGUACAAAAAUGGCGGAAAAAGUUACUACUACAACAAUCAAGAACAAAACUAUCCCCCCAACUAUAACCACUACAAUGGUAAAAGGGUACAGCAGCACGACAACACGGGUCAUGUCAAUGAGUUAAGCAACUACAACAACAACCGUUUUAAGUUGAGCGAAGAACACCGCAAUGAGAAUGAAGACGACUACCAUGAGAAUGAACACGACUAUCACUAUGAAGAGCCUGACGACCCCAGGCCUUGAUAUUCUUUUUUAACUAGUAUUGUACCUGCGCGAUGCGCGGUCAAUAUAAAAAAAUUAAUCGCAGUGAGUUUUAUAUAUCAAUGUAUUAAAUGUGUAUGGUUUCGACCCUAUGAGUUUUAUAUAUCAAAGUAUUAAAUAUGUA